UAUUCUUUCUCUCUAUAAAAACCAAACCUUAUUACCAAACGGAAGAAACUAAUAAACCUCUUCCUUCUUUUGUACAUACAUAUUCCCUCUUCUCUCUCGUAAUUCGUUUCAUUCUGGUCUUGUCUAGUCCUAUAUUCUCCCACACAUAAUCUCUCUUCGUAACACUCGUAUCGAUUAUAUAUAAAUAUCAUAAAAUUAUAAGGAAGCCAUAUAUAUAUAGGUACGAAGAGAAGAAGUAAGAUAUAUAAUAAAUUAUUAAUGGGAUUCUUAGACAAGCUCUGGGACGAAACUCUAGCUGGGCCCACCCCGGAGACUGGGCUGUCUAAGCUCCGGAAGUAUAACUCCUUCGCCGUUGGCACUAGUAUUAAUAAUAAUAAUAAUAAUAAUAGUUCAAGGGCUCCUCCACCUCCACAGGUGGUGGUUAAUGAUGGGGUUAGUCGGAGCAUCACAAUUCUUAGGACAAAUUCCACACCUCCUCUCAGGACUUUAUCCACUCAUCAAGUUCCGGUUUCCGACCCGGAUUCUCCUUCCGGUCCGUUCAGCAGUGCCCCCUCCACUCCCACCACCCCCGGAACGCCUGGCGAUCAUCAAAAUAUGAAGAAACAUUGGACAAGGAGAAAAUUCCCUGUUGCAGGCGAUGCCUUUGAAGUUGACCGCACUCAUAAUAACCAGACAAGUCCGACUGUUUACCAUUGGUUGUUUUAUAAUUUUAUUAUUACACUAAAGAUUAAUCUGAAUUAAAUUAAUUAGGAUUCACCAAAAAAAAUAAUUGAAAUUAAAUUGUUUUCUCAAUUAGUUGAUAAUUGUUAGACUAGUACUAUAUUUAUUAUUCUUGAACGAUGCUUGAAAUUACACAAUAUAAAUCGUUUCUAAGUUGGUAAUUGGCUUCUCCCAUUGCAGGAUAGUGAUUAGUGCUUUGGAUCGUUGAGAAAGAGAGAAGAAGAAAUUGAUGGUGGAUUUUGCUUUCCCAUACAUCAUCGCUAUGCCACUCUGUUUGUACAUAGAAGGAACCUUUUUGCAGAGACUGUUUCUGCUGCUACUAUAUAUAUAUAUCAUGUACAUAUAUAUAUAUUAAUAAUAAUAAAUAUUAUAAUAAUAAGUCUACAGUUGGUUCAGCCGUGGAAGAAUAGAUAGAGAACCAAUAGUUGCUGUUGUUGUUGUUUGAGUUUUGUGGGAAAGAGGAGUAAGUUUAUAUAUAGCCAUAACUUUCAAUCACCGAUCGAGUUCUUUGUGUGUGUGUGUUUUUCUUUUUCUUUCAUCUUGUAUUGUACAUACAGGGGCUUAUAUUUUAGCUUGAAUAUGUAUAUAUACAUGGGUUGUGGUUUGAAUCCUCUUUCAAUGAAAAACUCAAUAGAAGAGCUUUGGAAAA